AUGGUCCAGAAAGGCCUGAAGAAGACGAAUGGGCUUGGCGUCCAGGUCGAGAACACAAAGAUAUGUGUUGUCAUGGUUGGCCUGCCUGCCCGCGGCAAGAGUCUGAUUGCCCAAAAGGUGACACGAUACCUCAAAUGGCUCUCUAUCGAGGCAAAGGUCUUCAAUGUUGGCACCUACCGCCGCACCGACACCCCAAAGCCCACCGCCGACUUCUUCGACACCAACAACCCAGCAGGCGAGAAGAUGCGCCGUGCAGCGGCCGAGGCUGCCCUUGGAGAUAUGCUGAAGUGGUUCCGAGGCGGUGAAGGAACCAUCGCCAUCCUCGACGCCACGAACUCGACACGCGUGCGCCGCCGCUGGAUCUACGACGAGUGCACCAAGGAGGGCAUCGAUACCCUGUUUGUCGAGUCCCGCUGCGACGACGAGACGCUCAUCAUGGCCAACAUCCUCGAGGUCAAGACCACCUCGCCCGACUACAAGGGCACCGAUCCCGAGGCCGCGGCGCUCGACUUUAGGAAUCGCAUCCGCAACUACGAGAAGGUCUAUGAGACCGUGGAUGCGGAUGGCGACGAGAGGGACCUCACAUAUGUCAAGAUUAUGAAUAUUGGUGCCCAGGUCAUCAUCAACCGGAUCCACGACUACCUCCAAUCCCGCAUUGUAUACUACCUGAUGAACCUGCACAUAAAACCACGCUCCAUCUGGCUCUCACGACACGGUGAAUCUAUGUACAACCUAUCUGGCCAGAUCGGUGGUGACGCAGAGCUCUCCUCGCGAGGAAAACAGUAUGCUCUCAAGCUUCCCGAGCUGGUCCGCCAGUCUGUAGGCGACGGCCGCCCCCUCACAGUCUGGACGUCCACCCUACGCCGCGCCAUCUCCACCGGCGCCCAUCUACCCGCAAACUAUAACCUACUACAAUGGAAAGCACUCGACGAACUCGACGCCGGCGUCUGCGACGGUCUCACGUACGCUGACAUCAAAGAGAAGUACCCCGAGGACUUCGCUGCGCGCGAUGAAGACAAGUACAACUACCGCUACCGCGGAGGUGAGUCGUACCGCGACGUCGUCAUCCGCCUCGAGUCCAUCAUCAUGGAGCUGGAGCGCUCGGAGGAUAUCCUGAUCAUCACGCAUCAGGCGGUGCUGAGAUGCAUCUAUGCGUACUACAAGGAGAAGUCGCAGUCGGAGUCGCCGUGGAUGGCUGUGAGUUCCAUUUUGUACCUCCGGAUAGAAGACAAAUACUGA